GAGGAGCCGGCGCUGCGUCUCGGGCCGGUGGAGCCCCGGAAGUGCCGCGGGGACGCCCGCGAGUGCAUCCGGGUCGCCCUCCCCUCUGGGCAGCAUGGCGGCGGACGUGCCCGAAACCCCGGCAACCAUGCCCGGCGUGGCGGAGCGCUACUUCACUCGCUGGUACAAGCCAGAUGUAAAGGGUAAUCCAUGUGAAGACCACUGCAUAUUACAGCAUUCUAACAGGAUUUGUGUUGUUGCUCUAGCAGACGCCCAUCCUCUUUUACAGAAGGGAAAAGCAAUUGAGAGAAUUAGUUACCAGAUCAGCGCAAACUGUAGUCGGCUGGAAAAUAAAGUCUCUGGGAAGUCAAAACGGGGUGCUCAGUUUCUAACAGAACUUGCCCCUCUGUGUCACAUUUUCUGCUCUGAUGGGGAACAGUAUACAAUAUACAGCUGCAUUAGAGGGAGAUUGAUAGAAGUGAAUGAAAGCAUCCUCAACAACCCCUCCCUCAUACAGCAAAAGGUAAGCCUUGCUAACUGGCUCUCAGUCUCUUUCCCCACCUCCCCCCGCCCUCUGGUCUCACUUCUGUGGGGGGUUUUUUCUCCCCUUUUUAGCCCUCCACAGAUGGAUACAUUGCAGUUGUACUACCAAAGUUUGAAGAAAGCAAAAGUAUAACUCAGGGGCUUCUGACACGGAAAGAAUAUGAAGAGCUAAUGUCAAAACGUUUUAAUUCCACUUUGUGAUAACCUAGUUCUACACACAGCAGAUAACAAUACACAGAAGAAUGAAAUAUUUCAUAGCUGAAAUGCGGAGGACAGUUUCCUGUUAGCCUGUGACAUGACUUCUGGGGUAUCCUAAAAGGGAUGCUGGAGGCUGGAUACAUGUAGCAACAUGAUUGAGAAGCUAUUACUUUUCAUCAAACUGACCUAAAUCACUGAAUGUUAAUCCUAAACAUGUAAUGUUUAAGGAAGCAUGUGCAGGACUGAACACUACCCUCAGAGGUAACUUGAUCCUACCCUUAAAUACCGCACAGGGCCAGUACUGAAAUACUAUCUUGUUCCCUUAAAAACUAGAUUUUAAUACUAAUAAAAGCUUCUUAAGAUCCA